UUGCGCUGCCAGGAGGCGGCGCCGUCAGUCGCUGCCUGGAGACGCGCGCGCGCGCACGUCUUUUUCCUUUCCCCCCUUCCUUCCUCUUUUCUCUUUCUUUCUUCCUCCCUUCCCUUCCCUUCCCUGCCCGCCUCUCUCCGUACCUUGACAACGUCCUCCUUCGCCACCACCACACCGGGGGCUGGGGGUCUUCGGGCUCCCCCUGCUUCCCCUUGAGGGGCCAGAAGGGCUUUGUGUGGGAGGGGAGAGAGAGCUGCGGCUGAGGGGCUUUUUGUAUUAUUAUUUUUUUGGGGGGGUGUCCUUUGCUGGAGUUUUAGGCGCGGUUUUAAAGUGGCCACAGGCACCGUCCGUCCCCUCCCCCCCCUCCCACGAAGGUGGCGGUGGGAGGCUCCGGAGUCCCUCAGGAAAAACCCCUCUUAAGUCGCCCAGGGUCGAAGGUACACCUGAGUGCCGGCACUGCAUGUAUAUCUGAGGAAACAGAGGUAUUUAUUUGCCAGGUGCUUGGCAGGUCCUGUAGGGCCCCUUCUGUCGUGUCUGCAGGUGAAGGGGGAAGAAGAAGUGUGCUUGGGACAUGCUCCUUAGUUACUUUCAGGGGUGACCCUUCCAUGGUCUAGGUUGGCGGAGGUAGCAAGGGCAUUCAGACGUCCGGGGUGCUAGGUGCCUUUGGGGAGGCUGAGUUUUGGAGCCUUGGUUUCCAGAGAACUUGCCAGGGUAGGGAAACCUUGGGGACUGUCAAUUGAGGUGGUGGUGGUUGGGGGAGGAGGAACUGGCAGCUGCAGCUUAUUUAGUUCUGGUGCUGGGUUUUGCUUCUUAUGUGGAAAGGGGGGAGCCUGACCUGGCCUGUGCUUUCGGUUCGGGAAGUGCUAGAGGGAUGCUGUGACCAGAGGGAGGCCGCAGAGAGGCUUUAUUACAGAGCGUAAUCCUUUGUAGCAUGUUAGCGUGCUUCUGGGAUAUUAUUUCAAUGGGAAGGUCUGUGGAGGGGUUAAAAACUGUGUGACAGUCAGUUGGGGAGGAGUGCUCGGCUCAGCACUGCAGAAGGCCUUUUUGGCAAAGAGCAAGAGGGGAAGUUGCAUUGUUGGGAGCUGAGAGGCCGUUUUCUCUCUAGACCAAGAUCUUGAUUAUGUAGAAGGGUGUGAGCUGAAUUUUAGGGUGGGGUGCACUUUAUCAGAGGUGUGGAGUGAAGGAGCCUGGAAAGGCCUGCUUUAGAGAGCUAAAGGAAGGAAAGGACAUCUCUCCCUUUUUAUUUUUUUAUAUUUUUUUGCACUCCUGCGCAGCCAUCUCUUAUCUGCAAUGACAGGCAAAUCGGUCCGGGAUGUGGAUAGAUAUCAGGCUGUCCUUGCCAAUCUGCUGUUGGAAGAGGAGAACAAAUACUGUGCAGACUGUCAGGCCAAAGGUAACAUGCGGAAGCGGUGACCGUAUUGUGGGGUUGGGGAAAACUCUGAGCUUAGCCUUACCGUAGGGAACUGUGUGGCAACGAGUAGGUGGGAUAAGAUUGUGCCACUGUUGGUGGAUGGUGAUUAUAUCUUCAUUGGUGUGUGCCAGAGUGUGUUAAUAUGCAUAUGUACAUAAUAUGCAUACAUAAUAUACAAAUACAUGUAAGGAUUUUUUUAUUAAAAAAUUACUAAAAGCAUUAUAUAAAUGUAAGCAGCAAAUGCUGUGAAUUUCAGGUCAACUUCAUUAAUACUGUGUGGUAUCAGGAUGAGACUUCCUCUUAGGCAGAAGCAUGUACUGCAGGUUUCUUUGUCAGAAAUUCUAGCUCCUUGGAUGUAUGCGCUCGUGCCCUGCCUCUUGAGUUGGAUGAGGGAGGAAAAGCAAACAGGUGGUGAAAAUGGUCCCUGAUGCUGGAAAAAUCAAGUGGCGGUAUGAAAGGAAGGUUGCUGGCAGGCUGGCUGGCAUUUUUGUAAAGGGGGGGAGGGAACCCACGCCUAAUGCAGGGGGUACUGCAUGCAGUUGGUUACAUAAUGGCAUCAACUGGGCAAAUUGACAGCACAGACUGUAUUAUAAAUUCUGUAUCUAAAGAAGGUACAUUGGGGAUGAAUUCUUUCUGGAGGCUGAUAAGGCCAGAUCACAUGGGAAGGCCGCAUCAGAAAAGAGAAGGGAAGGAUGAUUCACAAAAAAUACAGAUUUGGGAAAUGUAUGUGUGAGCCAUGGGCAGCAUCUGUCUACUGGAAUCUAGCAUUAUGUACUCCCAGGCUCCUGUUAACAUUCCUGUGUCUCAGCUUCCUGUUAAAUGCCUUAACUUUUUAGCUCUUCGGGUUGUAAAGAAGUUUUAAAAAAACUUAGUGUCUGGAAGGGUCGCAAACAAACAUGUUGGUAAGGCAGCUCAAGAUUUAUUCUGAAUUCCUCUGGUUACUAAGAUCUAUUCAGAGUUCUCAGGAAGGCUGACUCAUGAUAUCCUCAAAAACUGAUUUUGGAAAACUCUGUGGAAGGGGAUUGCCAUAUCUGGAAUGGAGAAGGUGAUGCUUCCUCCCCCAAUCGAGUUAGCAAGAAAAAUGGAACAUGUUUGGCUUCUUUCAUAUAUCUUUGCCCCCUUACUUCCGUUGCCCAGUGCUGUUUGCUCUGCAGUAACCAUUCUGAAAACACUCUGCUUGUGUUCCUGUGUUCUUGUUGCUACCCAAAUCAGCUGCUCAGGAAGCAGGACCCAGUGGCCUUCUGGUUGCUUUCAUGAUGCAAGGCUCCAAAGCUUAUGGUUAAGAAUAGUAAUAUAGAUUACAGUUGAGAACCCAGUAUAAACUAAACAUGUUCCAACAAACUCUGCUCUGGGGUCUAGUAGCACUUUGCAAAAUGCAAUGCAAAAUUGAGAAAAGAUUAGCUGCAGUCCAGAUUGCCCAACUCUAAGCAAAGAAUGUUUUUGCUCAGUUGGUUCGGUCCCAUCUGUGCUUUAAGCAGAAAGAUUCCUGUAUUUUGGAAGUCAAGUGGAUUUCUUGGUGGAUGUUGAUGGCUUGAAGCUUGAGUUACCAAUGAUUUAGGUCAUCCUGCCCCAACCUGGUGCUCUUCAGAUGUUUUAGAUUAUGAAUUCUCAUGGGGGUUCAUAGUCUUGGAGGGCACCAGGCAGGGGAAGGCUGAUUUAGGUUUUGCCCCUUUCACUCUUUGUGUUGCACCAAACUUCAGAGCUUCUAGUCUGGACUACAGAGAACAUGUGAAGAAUGCCCAUGUGCAAACAGAAUUGGGUCAUUAAGUUAAAUUGAUUGGAAGCUCAAGGCUAGUGGCAGGGGUAAUACCCCUUCACAAAACACAUCCUAAAAAGAUGGAAUUCAUUGCCACAAGUGAUGGUGAAAGGUUAAAUGGAGCCUCCAGGUUCAGAGGCAGUAUAACUCUGAAUACCAGUCGCUAGAGGAAUAAUUUCUGUCUUGCUCUGCUUGUCUAAGGGCAUCUUGUUAAAAAUGUGCUGGCCUGUUUGGAAUGAACCAUUGAUUCAUAUCUGGCAUAAGAUUGUGUAUGUCUGAUGAAGAAGCUUCUUGUAAAGUCCAUAGGCACUUCUUAUGUUAUCCCAUGUCAAUAAGGGUUCAGAUCUAUAACACCAAUGACCAAUAUUGCUGAAGACCUUUGCUUAGUUUCUUGUUGGUGUGCCUGCCUCAUAUUUCUGUCCACUUCCUGUUUUUCUGAGUUUCCUUUCUUCAUUUGCAUAGCUUCCUGUGUGCUCAUAGUCCUUGACUCCAAGCAGCCUACGCUAGCCUCCCCGUGGUUGAGCGUUGGAAGAUAUUUCUAUGACAGUUCCCUGAGAAGCCAAGACUGAUAGUUUUGCUCUCUAUGAUACUUGGCUGAAACCGCUUUCUAAAAGGUUCCCUAAAGUCUGUACAGUAUUUAAUAUCCACUCCCUGACCUGCCAGCAUUCGUUUUUGAGUAGUCCAUAAAACAGCAAGCUACCUUGGUGGUAUAAUUAAUGUAAAAUUGAAGUGUGCCAUUAAAAAUGUAACAUGCACCACACAGCCAACAAAUUUCAAACAGCCAGUGUCCCCGCAAAACUGUACAGAAAUUUUUUUAAGCAUGGGGACAAAAAGGAAACAAAAGUGAAAAAGGAUGCCUAGCAUAAGAAGAAAGCAGGUUAGGUUUGACGAGGGAAGUCUGUGGUUAAUACCUGAUAGAUCCUUGAUUUUCAGACUGUGAUCAGGGACUCUUAGGGUUCUAAGGGUGUCUUAUAGCAGUUCUGGAUCCUUAGUGCCCAGGUCAGUAAUGGUGGGCAACCCUUCCUUGCGUUGUGUACUUCUAGGAUCCAUUCACAGAUAUGUUUGCCUUUUUGCAGAGUAAAUGGCAAGACCAAACAGGCUUUGCUAUCGUCUCACAUGGGCUGUGUAUGUGACCUCAGACAUCUUCCAGAAUCCUCUGUAUCAUGUAGGAAGUUUUCCCUCACCUUGGUGGGGCUUCCAACUUCACAGGUGAACUUAGUCAAAAGUGCAGAACCUCAGACUGGAAUUAUAAGUGGGUAGAGCCUUAGGUGGAGAGAUAUGGGUGGGGAAAGAGACCUUUUGCAGUUGCCUGAGUUUGACUUAAACUCUCCUAACGUGGUUUUUUUCCAUUUGUCUUCAAUGGAACAGUCUCCUGAGCCAUGUUUUGACAUUGAAAUGACACCUGGCCAGAUAAUUGACUGUGAAGAUUGCUAUGCACAUCCACAGUGUGCUCAAUUUAAAUAUCUCUUGGGAUGACUUCGUAGAUACGGUUUUCUUAAUGCUCGCUGCUUGCUUCCCUGCCAUCUUUUGGGCCUGAAACAAUUUCUCCCUUGGGCCAGAUUAACAACCCUAAUUUGGGGAUUUGGCAGCUGUUGGUGGGGUGGCAGGGGGAGAGAGAGGGAGUGGUGUGCCUUCUGUUGCAGAGAGUUGGUCUUCUUCCUUAAUUUAUCUGAAUAUACUCUUCUAUUUUGCUUGCAGCACUCUUGUUCUUUCAGCUUAUAAUGCUACAUUUUGUGGUCUGGUUUGCAUCCUCCACAGUAAGGGCUUAUGCAAGCUAGUUAGGCGGAACUUUAUUUAUUUACAUACUGCUUAAUGCUAAAUUUGGCUUCUAAUUGGUUUACAAAAUAUAAAUAUGGGGACUGCAGAAUUGGGGACAUUAGCAUUUGAGUUGAAUGCUGGCAGAAGCUGAACCCUGUUGGAGCAGCACACUUUACUCUGGAUACAAUCACAUCAAGAGUCUGGUUUUAAGAAAAUAGGAAAGAUAUUUAUUAUUGGAAUAAAUGUUGGAUAGGAAAGAUGCUAGUUCUGUCUUGUUAAGAGAAGGAAGAGAAGUAGGAAGUAAGAUCAGGUCAGCAAUUAAUAACAACAAUCAUCCACCCUUCACCCUAAAGUCCCAGGGCAAGUUACAUCAUUAAAAACACUAAAAACUUACAAUCAUACAAAUAAGGUGGGUCCUAAAAACAUGUGCCUCAAGUGUCAAAAGCCAGGGUAAAAAAGUGCAUCUUCAGCAUUCUCUAGCAACUGUAUAAUGAAGUUACUAGAUGCACCUCCAUAGGGAGGCAGUUCCACAGAUUAGGGCCCACCACAGACAAUGCUCUCUCCCAGGCGUCCCCUCCACCCCCGCCUGAGUCUCUAUGAAGCUACCAAGCUGGUCUUCUUUGCGUAUCUCAGCACCCAAGAGGGUCGCUAAGGAAGAAGGCAGUCUAAGUUACCAGUAACGCUAAAGGAAGAACAACCCGGGUUGGGAUAAGGACAGUCUAGGAAACCUGGCGCUUUCUCAUGCAGAUGCAUCGGCCUAGAGUGCAAGCUAGGUUGCACCUCAAUACUUCCAAGAGGUUCAUCCUGAUCAAGAUGGAGUAAAAAUUAGUGAUUCAGCCAGAGCCCCUGGCAGAAGUCAGAAGAUGAAGGUGGUACAGGAAGGUUGACCUCCCGUGUUCCUCUUCUAUACAUAAUGGUCAUUGAGAUUUUGUCAUUUUUAAAGCACUUGGAUUUUGUCAUUUUUAAACCACUUGGAUAAUGGUAUCUAGUACAGGCUUGUAGCAAUUUUGUUUCAUGGGAGGUUGCAUUUGGCUUGAACCUGUGGUUUUGUUUUUCUAGCGAUUGCAACUGGGGCAUAAGGCAGCACAAACGCUGCCACAGCAACCUUGAAGAGGGAAAGAUAUCUUGUAGAAAUGGGAUGGCAGUGAACGAGGAGGUUUUAUGCCUAAGCAGGCAUAUAGACUUCAGUGGUGAGAAAAUGGGACAAAGGCAACAACAGAAGAUUAAUCAGAUUGUGCGUAACAUGGCUAAUUGCAGGAUGUCCAUUUGUGUGUAUACCUAAGGUUGUUCUUUUGGCUUUGAGCAAACUUGAUCGCCUGCCUGCCUGCAAUACUUGAGUCUGAGUGAAGGCAGUUUGCGGGGCUGUUGCUGUGUUCUAACAUUUAUGUAGUGCAGAAUGUGCUCAGUGCUGUACAUAUUGCAGUGAUGAUGACACUUCUUUUGCUUGAUGAGCAGCCUGACCCACUGAUUGCAGUGGAACAUACUUCCCAAUUUUUUGGUAAUUAAGAACUUGAACUGUCUGUGCCUUCUGGGAUGUUACAGUUGCAGAACACACUAAGGAGGCGACAAACCUUUUGCAGUCAACAAUGGCAUGUUUAAUCUGGUUGAAACUUGAACUGGAGCCACUAUAAACAAAGAAAUAGAUCCAUGGGCAGCUUAUUCUGGUUUAUAGCAGCUAUCUGAGUUUUUCUUGAGGGUGAGGGGGAAGUAUGGCAAAUAGAGGAACUGAAGGGCAAAGGCUGUUGACAGGUUUUUUCUCCAGACCAUAAACUUAGCUCCUGUUUCUUCAACCACGCUUGCUUCCUUUGCCUUGCUCAAGAAACCCUCCAACUGGCUGUAGCCAAUGCUGUUGUCUUCAAAAGGUCCUGUUGCAUUAACUUCCUGUGACUACACAGAGAAAUGAUGAAAUUGUCCUUUAUCGUUCCCAGUGCUUGAUGGUAAAGCUGAGUCAAGGCUGCUCAGUGUGUGUUAUUAAAUGUGCUUGUUGAAACAAAUUCAUUUUGUUUUCCAGGCUGGAAAAACUUUUUUCAUGUGGCCCCUACCCACAAAGGUUCAGUGCGAGGUAACACUGCCACAGCACAAAAUGGAAUUGCUUAAACUGCAGUGAUAACUUAUACUACUGUUUUUGCAGUAGCGCUAGAAAAGUACAGAAUGUAGUGUUGGGUGCACAAUUCCAUUUUCCUAGAAUCGGGACUAUUAUUUUUCAAAAAGCAAGAUUCCAGCCCUUAUGGUUGAGAAUAUAUGCUUGAAAGCAUGCAAACUAUGAUUGUGAACUCUCAGAAGUGACAUCUAACAUGACCUUCCGUGGCCCCAUUGUCCUGUCUAGUGGAUAUAGGGCAAACUGCAAAAAUUAUGCAUAAAUUUGCAUAAUUUAUAUAGGAUGUAAAAUGUUGGUUACCUUGGAAUAAUUUGGGUUCUUCUUAAGCAGGGGUGUGUGCAUUCGCACGUAAUAUUAAAAUGCACACACACACACCAUAAACCAGGCUGUAACUCUGACAAAUCAGAUGCUUUACAUGCAGUAGUCCUGGGUCCAAUCCCCAGCAUCCUCAUGUGGGGCUGGGAGGGAACCCUGUCAGAUCCUAGAGAGCCACUGCCAGUAAAUACAGACAAUACUGAGCUAGAUGUACCAAUAAGGCAACUUCCAUUGUUCCCCUUUAGCCUGUCAUGGUUAGGCUUACUCUAGCUGCUGUCCCUGGCAUGUCCCUCUUUAGUUAGGUUGAUUGCUGCUUUGUCUUGGGUGGGGUGGUCCCCACCAAAACAUUUGUUCACAGGACCCACACCUGUCUCGGCUUCUCCCAUCCCCAAAUGCCUUUGCGACCCAACUCUCUUCUCUGCUGCCCAUGGCAGCUGUUGAUACUCUGUUCUGCCUGCCUACCAUGGUCACUUGUGGUAUUUCAUAUGCACGCGAAGUGGGUUUGAAUACAGUAGACCCACAACUUACACAGGGGUUACAUUCCGGGGAUAGCACAUAAAGCCAAAAUCACACAUAGUCAAAACACAUCGCGUGCAAUGAAGGGUGGAAUUGCCAUUUCCUCCCACCCUCCGGAUGCUUGCCCCCUUUCCACAUUUUAAUUAAAAACAAAAAUCGCCUAGCAAGUAAAGCUGAAUGUGCACAAGUUAAAUGCACACAAGUUUCAGGUUUACUGUAUUCUUGGAUGCUACUGUGUUUUUCAGGAUAGCUGCUUUGGUUACAUUGUUCACAUGCAAAUAAAGAUGGGUAGGCUUGUCCCACUGGUCUCCAGGAGCCUCGCAUAACUAGAAAAGGGCAUUGUCUUUGGCCAUGUUGCCUUGGGCCCAACCUGCCUUAUGAUUUGUAUUAACCCUGCUGUGGGGUAUGGAUGCUGCGAAUGGUUUGUCAAGCUAACAUUGGAGUUUUCUAAGCAUGUGUGACAUUCUCUGGCUCGCUUGUCUUUGAUUCUUUAACACUAAACUGAUCACGCUGCGCAGAUGUACUGUCUCUGAUACUUCCCCUUCUCCAAACUCUUCCUCUCUACUUCCAGAUCCACAUCCCUUCUUUCCCACAGGUUCCUUUGGAUCCAGAGCCACAGGUGACAAGAGCUGCAGGUUCUUCCCCAAGUGGAGCCCUCACCAGCUGAUUAUUGCAACUUCUACUGUGUCUGCUCAUCAGGUCUUAAGGUUGCCCCCUAAUUCCUCCUUUGGUUUGUCCAAACAUCAUUCCCCUGCCUUCCCCUGCUUCCUUCUUGCCCCAGUGUGUUGUGGGAAUUUCCCCUUAAGUCCCUCUCUGAAAUCCAACCCUCUUGCAGCACAUUGCCAGGUAGAUGGGAAGACCUUACCCUUCCUUACUUUUGUGAUGGCGCACAGUUCUUGGUAUUUAACCAUAGCAUUUAUUCAUUGCUUUUAUCAUGGGUACUUCCCAUAAGCAAGGUUGGAAGAGUAUUUCAAAUUCCAAGGCACAAGUACUUUUUUCCACCCUGGGAGUGGAAGCUUCUGGGCUCCGGCCUUGGACAGACCUAAAUAAAUAUUUUAGUACUCCUGGAUGCCAGCUUGAUUCAGAUUUCUAGGUGGCUGGUAGCUUUCCAGCUUCUGCCUUAGAGCCUCUGAUGCAGUCAGUUAACAUCAUAUGUGGUUACCAAAUCAGUUGUGCAAAGGCAGAAGGGAUGUCUGUUUUCAUAGGCUGUUACCUAAGAUGUGUUUCCAAAAGUAUAUCUGGAGGGCAGAUAUUACCUGCUCUCAACUUGGGGUUGUCUUCUGGAGUUCCAGCUAAGUGCAUAGCAUUUGAGGGCUAAAUUAUAUGUACAGCUGCUCUUGAAGUGGUAAGGCUGGAAACAACUUUUGUAUUAGUUUUUGUGUGGUUUUGUUUUCAGUGUGCCACCCUGCAUUCCAAGCUGUGGAAAUGACAACUUUCUACAUCUGCAAUCUAACUGCCACUGUGUGGUUUCAUUAGAGCUAGAAGGCAAAGCCAGUGAUGUUUCAGAGACAGCAACAUAUCUAAAGCAUAUAUAGGUGGUUUGAUAAGGGAAUGGCAUGUACUGUAUGUGAUGUAAUUGUGUGACUGUCCACCUUUUGUGGAAGAUUUGAUAUCCCAACUGAGCUGUACAGCUCAGUGUUCCCUAACAUUGGUUGCAAGCCAUUUGAUGUUUUAGUUGGUCUUUGCCAGACUCCAUUUUGCAGAUGCCCUGAGCUACCUGGUUAUGAACAAUGAAAUGUAUACAUUUUUCCCCCCUGAGCUCAUAGCAUGGGCUGUAUUGUAAAACUGGAGCCUCUAAAUUUGUGUUUUGUGUGAAAGACAGCUGCUUUCUGUAGAAAAUUGAACUUUCAAUUUAAUAUUUUUUUCACAAAAAAACCUGGCAGGUUGCCAUAGUGAUGAAUGUAUGAAAUCCUUUUGGGAGAUGUCAAAACGCCUUCAUAAAACCCACAUGCGUGGAUACCACUUUCUUUUGAAACAGAACCUGCUUGGAGUUUAACAGAGAGACUUGUCUGUCUGGGGAGUGAUGAAAGCAAAGAUUGUUUUCGUAAAUAUAGUCAAAAUCUGAAUUUGGGCAGCACACAUUAUGAGCAUAUUCCUUGGCCGGUGAGAGAUUAUAUCAGUAAACUUGUGUCACUGUGAUGGUGGGCUUUAACCAUGAAAGAAUCUAUGACCUGUUAAGUGGGGUCGGGGGGGGACUGUUAUGAUGACUAUUUUAUUAUUAUGCUGUCAGUAUGCUUUAUAUUAUGUUUUUUAUUAUUGAUGCUCCGUAAUGUGUUCUUAAUGUUAUUAAGGACAAGAUAUUGGGGUUCUCUUAUUAAAUUGUUUCCCAACUUUGGGUCUAGCCCUGUGGGUUCAGAACUGGUCAGGUUCAAGCACGAGACCAAAGCCAAGUUAAAGAAACAAAACUAACAGCUAGUUAAGCCUGAUCAUUUAUUGUUGCAACAAGGUUCCAACUCCCAAGCAAAAACAAGGAAGAAGAACCCUGAACAAAAGGUUGCAUGAGUUAUAAAAGUUCCCACAACUUCUCAUAAUACAUUUCACACAGUGUCAUCAAAACAUCAUAGCUACUGUUUUAUUGCUGAUUACAGUUCAAAUCCUACUUGUAUGUUAAUCUGAUUAUUGUUAUGUUUCUUCAAAUACUCAGCAAAGGGCUUUCACUCCUCUCAAAAUAUAGAUUCCUCCUGGUCUCUGAUUUUUGUUGUCAAACUUGCCAACUCCAUAUACUCUGUCGGCUUGUUCAGCCGAACUUCCUUGGUUGGCAUAUCUUUGUCUUUCCACUUUUGUGCAUAUGUUACUCUUGCUGCUGUCGUUGAAUACAGGAAUAAAUUAAGUAACUUCUUAGGGAUAUCCAAUUCCAUUAUUCCUAGAAGAAAGGCUUCUGGGGUUGGUUUAAUUUUUUUUGGGGGGGGGGCGUCUUAAACAUCUUCUGUAAUUCAAUAUAUAUUGUCUCCCAGAAUCCUCUAGCCUUUUUGCAGGUCUGCUGCAUGUGGAAAAAUGUGCCUUCUAUCUCUUGACACUUCCAACAUAGGUUUGAACCAUUUUUGUACAUCCUGGCCAAUUUACUUGGGGUCAGAUAUCUGACCCUGAAGGCUCAUUCCUCCUAAGUAUGAAUUAGGUAUGUGCUUAAACUUUCUGCUGGACAUUCAUAGAUUUGAAUUUUUUUCUGGCAAAUGGAGAAAAGGCCCUAGUCUAUUGCUCCAGUGGUGGAUCAGCCACCCUUUAAAACAACCCAUUGUAGCCUUUAAAACCACUCAAAAUUGUAAAUUGGCACAACCCACAAUUUAAACAACCUUCCCUCCCUCUUCUAUAUAUACAGUUGUGCCUUUGGGAUUCAUUCCAUUUGAAGGCCUAACAGUGUUUUCUUUCCCCCUUCUUGACUUGCCCUGGAAAACAUGAUGAGUAUUUGAGAUCAUAAAAUUAUAGGAUGAUAUUUACUCCCUGCAAUAGCCUUUGGUUAAUAUCUGAAUUGUUGCUGCUACUUUGAUUUAAGGUAUAGGGAAAAUGUGCAUCUUUCACAGCGUAAAAAGCUGUUUCUUGGAAUAACAGAGUUCUCUACACCAGGCUUCCCCAACCUGGAUCCCUCCAGAACCACUGAUUCCAUCACCCCUGAUUAUUGGCUGGAUCCAAAAUAUCUGGAGGCACCAGUUUUGGAAAGGUGACUGUACACACUGUUUUUGGAGAAACAUGUUAAGAAACUUGCUAAUUUUGUUUUUUCUCUUGGACACUUGGGUCUUUUCAAGGCACAGGAGCUUAGCAGUAGGGAUGCAAAGUCAAUUUAAUUGUUCCUUAGCAGCAAACAUUAGAAUCUCUUUUUGUUAGGAAGACAGUCUACUAAGGGAUUCUUCCACAGCCAUGGCUUGAAUGUUGUUGGGAAGCCCUCAAGAUUAAGCCCACAAUCCAACUUGGUUUCAAUAAUAUCCUUACUGGCUGUUAUCCUUUCCCAACAAGAGCAGGUACAUACUUUCCAUAACAUCCAGAUAAAAAUUGUGCCGUCUUCCACUUCCCCUCACACCAAAGUUCCAGCAUACAUGCAUUUUUAGUGCUGUGCGGCACCAUGAGAGGUUGGCAGUACAGUUGCUGUUUCAUUUGUGCAUUUUAAAGUUGCUUUCAUGGUGGAGCUGGCAGGCAGAGCUGCUUGUGUUCUGCUAAUGUUUUAUUUAUAUAGAAAUCUUUCUCCACUUCCCUGCCCACCUAUAGCCUAGUUAAUCCUGUUCAGGCAUUUCUCUUGGAUACUGUGAUGUUCCUUGCUUCUUGUGUUUUGAAACAGGGGUGGGCAGCCAAGAGCCAGAUGCAACUCUCCAGGGCUAUUUGCAGGUCAUGAGCAUCACUGGUUCUGCUUCAUUCCAUCCUCUAGUGCUUUGGCCUGCCUGGAAUGUGUCUCUGAAAUGUAGUGAUGCCUCUAGCAUACCUGGAUGGAGAAAUGGAUGUCUCUAUAGAAACCUAUGACUUCUGUGUGGCUGGAAUGUGGCCUGCCAUACUAAUAUUGCUUCACUUUUGACUGCCAUACAGCCACUGGAAUGUUGCCCAUGAGUAAAUGCGGCCCCAGACUGAAAAAGGUUCUCCAUCCCCAUUCAAUACCUCUGUGUUGUAGAUUUCAAGUUAUUCUAUGGAGUCAUGAAAAUGCAUCGACACUAGAGAGGAAGGGGUUGGCGGUUAUAAAUUUUGUAUUUUAUGUCACGCUUUCCCCAAGCAUUCACAGUGGUGGUGUUGGCCAUGGUUUUGUUUCUCCAAAGUCUGGCUUGUUGUCCAGUGGUUUGUGCAUUUGUUGCUUGUGAGCUUGUGGGUUGGGGUGGACAAAUAAAGCGGAGCCCAGGGUGGCAAGAAGAGUGGCAACGCAAUAUAAUUAAAGCCUAUUUUGGUAUUAAGUGGUACUUCAAGUUACAAAUGCCUCAGGUUACAAACUCCGCUAACCUGGAAGAUUUACCUCGAGUUGAGAACUUUGCCCCAGGAUAAGAACGGAAAUCGUGUGCUGGUGGUGCAGCGGCAGCAAGAGGCCCCAUUAGCGAAAGCACGCCUCUAUUUAAGAACAGUUUCAGAUUAAGAACGGACCUCCAGAACGAAUUAAGUUCGUAACUAGAGGUACCACUGUAAUGUAAUUUAAAAUAAAUUAAAUUAAAUUUAAGAGCAUUAAAAACAUUUAUUUGCUAUCCUGGGCUCCAUUGGGAGGAAGGGAGGGAUAAAAAUAUAUUUAAUUAAUUUAUUUAUUACAGUUGCAUACCCUCAUAGCUAAUAAUUUCAAAGUUGACAGGAACAGCACAUUUCAACCAUCAACUGCCUGGGUAAGCAGGAAUGCUUUUAAAAUUCUGCCUGAAUGUUAAUAAUGAGGGAGACAAAAUUCACCUCACCAGAGAUGGUUUUGCACAGAUAGGGAAACACCACAGAGAAAGCCCUAUCAUGGGUUAAUGCCAAGAGGGCAGCACCCAGCAGUGGUGCCACCACCAACAAGGCCUCCCCUGCUGAUCGUAGGUUCAGAGAUAGUAGAUAUUGGGGGGGGGGAGCCCCUUUUAUGUAUAUAUUGAUUUACUGAGUAGCUUUAGAUUCUGUUUUUUAUCCAGCGCCUUCAAAGCUGCUCUUACAUCAUUUAUAAAAUAGAAAUGAAACAAUAAAACAGACUUCCUGUUUUAGAUUGUGAAGGAUAGGGAAGAAGAACACCUUUAAAAUCAACUUAGUUGGUGGCAGUUGAUCUCUCCCUUAAGUUUUGACUCUUGUGCCUGCAGAAGCCAAGAAGCUAAACUGGAAAUUGCCUCUUAAUAGUAGGACACAAUUAAAACAGUUAAUGCUUUCAUUAUGUCUGCUUAAGCUUUUUCAAUAGAACUGUGCAUGCAGGUGGUGAAAAGGAAAAACAAAUCUGCCCUACCAGCAUGAUAUUCUGAACUGGUGUAUGUCCCCCAUCUACUGUCUCAAUGAAGGGGGGGGUCAGAUGUUUUCAACAUUUGCAUCUCUUAGCGCAGGCUAGAGCUGUAUGUGAAUCAGUUGGUGCUAACCCUCAAGGUGAUGAAACGGCUUUAUCUAGAUUACUAAUCCUUUCCAACAAAGUAAAUGCUAAAUAUAACAGGGACUUUAGACCUAACCCUAAAUGAUUCCUAGUUAACUUUCAGGGCUAAAAAUAACUUAUAAUAUGUGGUUACCUGGGUUCUCUUUUCAUCAUUCAAACGCUUGACUUCUCUGGCGUCUGAGGUUUCGUGUGCAGGCACGCCAACAGGACUGGACCCCCUGCAUCUUCCCCCUAGCUAGGCAACCUAUUGGCAGGAAUAAGCAACCUAUUGCUGCUUAUUUUAGCCUGGCCUAUCUCACAGGGCUGCUGAGAAGAUAAAAAGUGGGAGGGGAGAAAAAUGUACACAGUCUUGAGCUCCUGGAAGGAAAAGCCAGGGCCGUCUUACCCAUAGGCUCUAAGGGUACAGGGCAUCCGAGCGCCGGUCUCUCAGGGGCGCCAGGCCGAGAGUCUGGGGCCCGAGAGUUGAGUCCGGGGAAGAGCCCACCCGUUGGUCAGAACACCACAGCGGGUUCUUCUGCUGCGGGCGGUUCUGCACUGCGAGUUCAGGGGCAACCAAGCCAGCGAGGCGCUGAGGUGGCUGGCCGGCUCUGCCCUCCUGCACGCCUGGGACUGGGCAACCGGGGGGGGGGGCGCUGGGUGGAUCUUUGCACCCCGGCGCUGCAUAUGCUUAAGACAGCCAUGGGAAAAGCAAGACAUAAAUGUCGAGCCAGCAAGAAAAGUGAGGUGUAACUAUAUCAUGUGACUGGCAGCAGCUCUGCAGGGUUUCAGGCAGGAGUCUUUCCUGGUCCUAUGUGGGGUUGCCAGAAAUUGAACCUGGGGCCUUCUGCAUGCCAAGCAGAUGCUCUGCCACUGAACUGCAGCCCUUCCCAAUACUGCUGCACUCAACUGCCUUUGUGGCUGGACUUGAAGACUUGCGAUUCUAUUCCUUUAAGGAUCUGCCUGUGCAAAGCAGCGUAGGCGAGAAACCGUUUCUGUCCCACACUGCUGGUUGUAUUCAAAGCAGCUGAUUAUUCAGUUUCAAGGGCACAUGAACAAAGUGAGCAGCACUGUGCGGCCUUGCGUAGUGACUCCUCUCAUACUCUGCAGUGGGCUUCCUAGUUUGCUUGUGUGGGAAAGAGUUGUGGUUGGCUUUGCAAUGAAUGAAACUCAAUUCAUAUUUGGGCGGGGGCUCCCAAAUCACAGAUUUGCAGCAAGUUUGUUUUUAAUGAGGUGCAUCCCCCUCACCUGCAAUCUGCACCUCAGUCUCUUCACGUGUGUAAACUAGACCUAAGUGCAGAUGGGAGCAGUGUCUAGAAAGUGUCCAAUGUCCUUCGCCCUGUGAUUUAUGCAUAUCUGCUGCAGAGGCCUUUGCAUACAGAGAAAUCUUCCACUCUUGCCUUUGAAAACGAAUGUUUCUUCUUGUUCUAAGAUGGUGCUCUGAAACUCAUGCUUUUCUUAUGGAUUCCUAGUCAAUGUGGUUGGAAUAGACAAUUUUUUGGACCUGUUAAAUAAAAAAAAUAAAAAUGAAACUGUCUUUUCCUGCCUGCAUCCAUUUUGUCCCCCACCUCUCCAGUCCUGUGCCUGUUUUUUAAGAUAGAAAGCAUGGUCGGAUUCUUUCCCAAUCCCUCGUUUCUCCAGCAUGGUUGUGACCUUUGGUAAUGAAUGUGUUAAAGCCAGCCUACAUUGCAGAUGGAAACUCUUCAGCCCCUGCCUGGCUUGCAGCAGUUUUCAGGGCAGAGCCCAUCAUAACUAGCUUGAUGCUCAGAAGUGCUCCUGUGACCACUUCCUUUGUACUUUUGCAGGGCCAAGAUGGGCGUCAUGGAAUAUUGGUGUUUUCAUCUGCAUACGUUGCGCCGGAAUCCACAGGAACCUGGGUGUCCACAUAUCCCGGGUAAAAUCUGUCAAUCUGGACCAAUGGACACAAGAGCAAAUACAGGUUAGUAACAAAAUACUAUCUCCCUUGUAUAUGGGCUUCAUUAUUGAGGACGAUUCAGCUUCUCUGCAGUUCUGUAUCUCUGCUUAUAUUAAUAUGGGGAACCUUGGCCGCCUUUUCUCAAAUGGCAGAUAAGAAGGGAAAACGUGAGCCUGGACUACUUGGGUGCUCCUCCAUGCAAUCUUCCCCCCACUCCCUGCCCCCAAUAGUUAGAAAACUCAUGUGCUGGAGCAUAGCUUUGUGCUGGAGUGUAGCUCUGUAUUUUGCUUAGAACCCCAAGAGCUGCCAACCAAUGCAGAUCCAACAAGCCUGAAGUCUGCCCUCCAGAAGGGAUCUGGUAGGUAGUGCUCCUUAAGGAGACGAUUCUGAACAAGAGUAAAUUGAGCUUGUGUGCUAUUACUCAGAGAUUGUCAUUGACAUGCUCUGCAGUUCAGCUUUUGCUUUUUAUCACUGUGCUUCAGAUCUAGGACAUCAUUGUGUUAUGCAAAUCAGGUUAUGCUUGCUGCAGUGCUUACACACUCUGUAGAAAGUAAAAAAAAAAAGAUGGUUGUAUUACACACAAACAAAAUUAUCCAGCCUGAAUCAAACCCUAAGUAUUACAACACCCUGCCCAAUCUGUACUUCAGUUGAUAUUCCUAAUUCUCGAGUGAGUGAGGAUGAACUUCUCUCUCACAAGUACUGAAGAAUUGCAAAUGUAUUCCUGGUAGUGUUCUCUGUUCCUUGCCUUGACUUUAAUAAAAACUAAAAUUGAAUAACUGUGCUGAAAAAGCGGCAUAGUCAAAGGAAAGCUGAACUGUGGGAAGUUUGAGGCAGGCAGUGAUAUGAAUGGGCAAGACAAAUAAAGAUGCAGGCACUUGAGAAUAUAUCAGGCAUCCACUUUGGAAGAAGAGAAGAAUUAAAGUAAAUCUGUCCUAUCGCAAAAGCAAAAAGUGUUCCUUGUUGAAAGAACAAAAACUGCAAGAAGCCUGCUCUUUGUAGCCAUUAGGAGCUGCAGUCAUUUUCUGCUGAUCUGUCAGAAAUCGAGGGCAUGAAUUAACUAAGUCACCGUUACCGAUGACUCUGCAGAUUGGUGUAGGAGCACCUUUCAGAAACUGCUUUGGCAGACUUUGAAAACUCUCAUCUCCUUCAUACCAGCACAGAGCAGGCUCUGUGAUACUCCUGCAUUCUGGGUUCCAUACAACAUUUUAUGCUCAAAGUGAAACGAAGGCAAGGAUAGCCUAACUGGCAGCACCCGAUGCCAUGCCAUUAUUGAAGGUUUCUUGCUUCUGUUCCAGUGCAUGCAGGAGAUGGGGAAUGGCAAAGCAAAUCGCCUCUAUGAAGCUUACCUUCCGGAGAACUUCAGGCGACCUCAGACGGACCAGCAUCCUUCUUCUGCCUCUCUUCUCCCAGCAUAUUGUUGGAUGGAGGGCAUCUCACUAAUCUCUGAAUGCAUACUUUUGAAGGGAGCAGAAGUCUACCUUAAAUGGAAUGUAUAACUUUUUAAAAUAUUUGUUAGAAUUUGUUAGGCCUCUCUGUUACUUGGCACUUUUUGGAAAAUUAGGCUGCAGAAGGUGCUGUUGCUAGAGGGGUGACUGCCCACAGCAAAGCAGACAGAUGCAGCGGGUUUGUCCCAUUUUGUGACUAUGGGUCUUGAAUGCAGGGCCAGCAGAACAGGUGGUGAAACUUCAUUGGUGGUUGCCUUCCUCAUGUCAGUGACCAUGUUUCAGUUCUGCCUGCAUUCCAGUGCACACCCAUCUGCUCUCCCCUCCCUGCAGUCAUGAUCUUGCUCCCACUCCCGCCGGGUCAAACUGGGGGUUGCUACCAUGGUGCCCAUGGGUGCAGUUGUGCCUUUGAGGUCUUCCCCAGCACCCAUGAUGCCUUUGAGCCAUAUUCCUAUAAAUCCCCCUUGGUCAUGAGAUGGACUUUUCUCACCCAUGAAAAGUCCAUAGAGCUGGAGUUGGAAGAGUGGCGUUUUCUCACUUCCUCUUUCAGCUCUAGGUGCUUUUUUUAACGCUCAGCUUAAUUAUACUGUAUCCAAGAUUCCUUGGAAAAGCAAAGUGUGUGUGUGUGUCUCUGUCUCUUUGCAAGGCAGGGGGGCUGAUCAAAGGGACGGAAGAGAGAACUGACUGGAGUGGGUGGUGCACAGCAUUCGCUCAAAAAAUCUUGGCAUGUGUUGCGCAUUCCAAGGCUAUGGCCUCUGCAUUUCUAAUUGUCAAGCUCAGGCCCAAGGGACUAAUGCAGCCCUUCUGUCUAGCUCUCAGACUCUCUCCAGGCCACACCACCUCUGCUUGCACCCUGAGUGUUUUUGCCCAGCUGGUACAUCCCAUUGAACUUGGAUAAUGCUUCUUGCAUGGAUGGAGGAUAGAAAGGGAUGUGUGUGUAAAAACUAGCCUACCAUACAAAAGUAAAAGCAUUUGUUGUUCUGCCCACCUUUGCCUCUGGCCUCAUCUGCCACUGGCAUGUGGUCCUCAGAAGGUUGCCCAGACGGGAAUGUAAUUAUUGGGCUUAAAAUGGUAUCCCCACCACGGUCUAGGUAGAUUGGAGGCGAAAGCACCAUAAAAGGCACUGGAUUGCUGCUGGAUCUGCACAUGUCCUGUAGCUCAUACUAGAAAGGCACUGUUACCACUUGGCUGGCAAGCACAGCUAUAGCGACUCAGCCAAGGAUCCUUGUUGUCACAAUGUCUACCUUUUCAACAAGAAUAGAGAAGGUGUGGGUCAAACCAUGCCAUGACAGAGGUCUAGCUUGGGCUAGAAUCUUGCUGCUGCCUGACCAUGUUGUGCACAAGCUGUCAACCCUUCCUUGUUCUUCUUUAACUAACUUCCGUGCAGAGCAGUGGAGGGCUUUAUCAGGGACAAAUACGAAAAGAAGAAGUACAUCGACAGAAGCCUCGAUAUCAACAUGUUGCGAGUGAGUCUUAAAUGCAUUAGAAUGCUUGCUGCAUCCUGAAUAUAUGAUGUCCAUUAAGUGCCAUCUAGCCCAGUCCUGUUCAUUCUGACUGUCAGUGCUUCUUUUAAGGCAACCUUCCCCAGCAUAACACCCUCUGAAUGUUUUGGACUACAACUUCCAUUACCUUGUGCCAGCUGGGGAUGAUGAGAGUUGUAGUCCAAAGCAUGGAAGGAGCCACACUGACUACCCCCAGUGUAAGACCUCAGACAGAGAGGUGUCUUUUCCAGCCUGGCUUCCCAAGAUCCCUGGAUUUGAAUCUGGGAUCUGCUGCAUACAAAGCAGUGGUAUAAAUUCAAAAGUAUAAAGCCAUAAUCUGGACUAAUUUGUUAGCAUGAGACAGCCAAACUGUUGAUGGCCCAGGUUUUGGAAGAAUUUUCAUCUAAACUGUCCUUUUAUGGUAGAAAGGAUGAGAGUUCUUCACCUCCCCCCCCCCCAACAAAAAGAAAUCCAGUUGAGCUUGCCAGAGGCUGCCAUCUUGGUCAGCACACUGGGACUUUAGACUACCUGAACCUUUUUUGCAUUUGCUCAGCAGCCAGAUGUGGCUACUGUGUCCUCUUGCACAUUGGAGAAGUUGAAAGGGAAUAAGCACCAACACAUGUCCCAUUUCUGACGUAAUAUGGCUGGAAACUAGGAAUGCUUCGCUUCUGUUGGGGAAGUGUGGUGUGUUUUAAGGGGUUUUACAUUUGCCAGACCAGCUGGGCUUUCUGUCCCACUGGCCUGGAAAAGACAAUGUCAUGUUCAGCUACCUUCCUCACUCUCUCACUGCUUCGUUUGAUUGUAUACACAGAGAGAAAAGGAUGACAAAUGGAAAAAAGAGACAGCCUCAGGGAAAAAGCUGGAGCCAAUAAUCUUUGAGAAAGUGAAAAUGGUAAGACAACCCUUCCUUCUGCUGUGUGUGGUUGUUCCUGAACUUCAGAUGGACAGAUGGGGGCGUGUUAACAUCUGGGACUUUAAUUUUAUGCUCCGUGUAUCUUUUGUUUUGUUUUUUUGUUGGGAAUUUGGGUAAACCCUCUUUAUGUACAGAACUAGUAUGUGUUAUUUUACUUUGGUAGUAGGCAACCAGAUGCCCUUCAAAUGUUGUUGGACUCCAACUCCCAGGCAGCAUGGCCCAGUAGUCAGGUAUGAUGGGAGUUGUAGUGUGACAACAUCGAGAGUGCUCCAUAUUGCCUGUCCCCGAUUUACUUAGUAGGUUUAUUUUCUGCUUUUCAAACAGCCUCCAAACAUUUGAAAAAGCUUUUCAAACUGGAGGCAGCUUUUGACAACAUGUAAAGGAAACAUUUGGCAACCUGGUACCUUCAAGACGUUUUGGACUACAACUUCCAUCAGCCCUAGCCAGCAUGUAGUCCAAAACGUCUGGAGGGCACCAGAUUGGCGAAGUCUGCAUCAAAGUAACUGAGGGGCUUUUUACUCUAUUUGGCUCAGCCUCAGAAGAAAGACGACUCUCAUGCCAGGAAAAGUCCUUCCAGAUCUUCUGAGCCCGUCAUGGACUUGCUGGGACUUGGUAAGAUGAUGUGCACUUUGGGGCUUUUUCUUUGUCCAAAUUCACCUUGGUGUCAUGUUCUAUACAUGAUAAGACACACCGUAGGUGCUGGAAACAGGUUAAAUAGCUGCCACAGGGUAUUCUGUCCACUCUUGUGUUCCCUUGAACAAAGGGCUUUUAUCCAUAAGGAAAACACACACAUGGCAGGCAAGCCUCUUUGAAAGACAUCUUGUGGCUGAUUUUACUGCCCAUCCUCUGCAGUGUGAGAUGUGGUGGAGCAUAUGGUGUGUUCCUAUAUGCUCCCAAGCUUAUGCAGCUUCUGUAGUCGGGCCCUGCACCACCCCGUGUGAACUGUGUGUCACCCAGAAUCCUCUGCAAUGCAUCAACACGGGAACCAAUCCUGUUUGGUUUGGGUGCACAAGCGGGUUCUUUGCUGGGAACUCACUUGUGUACCUGAAGAAAGCAGGAUUGAAUUUCCUGCUCAUCAGUUGAUGUGUAAGGAGUGCAAGCCUGCUGGUCGCUCACUAUCUCUCCCCACUUUAAGAGGUGGGUGGUCCCAACCACCUGUUAAAAUUGGCACACAAUAAAUUUCUGGAAAUAAAUUUCUGACCCACCAAGCCAAAAAGGUUCCCCACCCCUACUGUAGACAGGGCUGAGAUAGAUGGGCAAAUGACCUAUCUCUGUAUAAGGCAGCUUUCUGUGCUAUACUUCUGUGUUUCAGUGAAGCAUAAAAAUCACUGUCUUCAAAGUUCCAAGACCAACCCCUCCUAUAAAGACUCUGGCCUAACCUUUUAAUCCUUCAUUCUUCAUCCUUGACUGAAAUGGAACUGCAUAAACGACAUUUGCUGAAACACUCAGGAAUGAGACUGGGUGUUCCAAGAGAGCCCAUGGCUCAGUCUGUCUCCCUUCCCACACUCCUGGGACUGCCUUCCUCAAAAGAUCCACUUUGAACACAACAUAAAACGCAACAUCCUUGUUCUUGCCUUUUUCCCCUGCCUGCACCAUUGCCAGUCAGCAGUGUGGGUGGAGAAGAGCACAGCAAGGUGAUGUCAUACUCUGUGUGGUAUUAAAACUAGGCAUUCGUGAGUAAGAGGAGGCAGAAAUAACAAGUGCUGCUCCCUAGAGAGGCCACAGCAACAAAUCCUUUGGGGUGUUUCAGUGCUACCUCUACCUUUCAGUAGAUGUUCCUGGAUCUACUUCCAUCCAUUGUUUCUUUUGGAAGAGAUCUGGUGGCUUUGGUAGAUUGCAAAGCAGAUUGUUAGGCAGGAUUUGCAGGUAUACCUGUGCAGAAAGGGGUGCUUCAGGUUCCCUCAGGUGAGCAUGCUCCUGGCAGGUGGCCUCUUGGCAGCAUGGAUCACACCAUUGGCAUUGGCAAUAGGAUUCUUUGAUCUGCCUGGGUGGUGGGCUCCAGUGUAGUAUAACUUGUCUCUGCCUCUACAUCAUUGUGCUUUUGCAUAGGGGUUUUGCACACCCAUAACCUGGCAGGUGCUUUAGCAUGCAGAAGACCCCAGGUUCAGUCCCUUGUAAGCCCUAUCAAAAGGGCUUCUAGCAGAGUAGUUCUCUCUACCUGAAACUUUGAAGAGCUGCUGCCUGUCGGAGUAGGCUUUACCGAGCUAGACUGUUGGUGUAGGGCUGCCUUUGAGCUUAAAGUGAAUUAGAUAUUCUAUUCUUCUGUUUUCUGCAGCUCACAUAGUUCUAUCUGGCACCAAGGUUUAGAUCCCAGCCCAUCUCACUGCUGUUCUUUAAAGAUGAUGAAAUAUUUAAGGGAGGGGGACAACAAAGCAAAACUGCAAGCCAUGCAUGAAAUUCCUCUUAUCCUGGCUGCAGCAGCUCACCUCCCUCUUAAUGGGGUUAAGGAACAGCUGCAGAUGUUGCUCUCUGCAUUACUCUCCCUUCUGCACUUGCUCUCUUCUUUGCAGAUUAUGUAGCAUGUAAUAUUCUGCCUUUGCUCCCCAAGAGUUGUCCCCUGAUGGGAGGUGGACAGGAACAUAUCCUUUGAGGUACUGAAAAUCUGCCUCUGCAGCAGAAAUCACCGAAUUGAGUCUUCUCUGAACUGCAGCUGCUACCCAGCACUGCAACAGAGCUUGUGGUCUCAGUUGCUUCUGCAGGAUCAGCAAAGUGAAGAGUGUAGCUUGGUUUAAAGGACACGGUGGUCCAAAUUAACAUACACCAUGAGCCAUUGGGGUUGGGUUAGUGGUGGGUGCCUAGUUUAGGGUGGAGAUCAUGACAAUUCCAGCCUGCCUUUUUCAAAAAAGACAGAUGACUGGGGGGGGGGGGGGAUGGCAGCACUAACGUUUGUGGCAGUUUCUCUUUUUAUAUCCUGAAGCCAAUGCUUUGUGUCUUCCCUGAGUCCUGCAUAGAUUACAGUAUAUGGAGUAAAAUUCAGCUUCCUAAGAAUCUUACGUUCCAUGUAAAAAAAUUAAAUCAAAUUUGUAGCCCCUCUGGCAGGGAUGGUGAAUCCCUGUGGUCCUUCAGACACAAUUGGACUCCCAACUCCCAAUAUCUCUGGCCAGUAGCCAUUCUAGCUGGGACUGAUAGGAGUUGGGAGUCCAACAACAUCUGGAUGGCCACAAAUUCACUGCCUGCUGCCAGCAUAGCUGCCAAGUUACACUUGUACAUGUGUGAGCAAUGCCUGAUGAAAUCUCGGAAGCCAGAGGUAACGGGGAGGCUGAAUAGGAUUUCAUUUGGUCUAGGUGAUGGGACUUUGCUCUGUGUAGCUCCUUGCCCUCCAUGAGAACACAGCGACAGAAAUAAUCCAUGGUGAGAGAACUCACCCUAAUUUGCGCAAUUUUUAUAUAGCUAGAGGGAUUUGAUACAUCUUGUUGUUUGGGGUCAAAAGGCCCAAGCAAGUGGCGGGCCAGCUGGUGAUUGGGCCGCUGGCCACCAGUGCAUUUUUACUGGAUUUGGAUUAGUUAGCCCCUGUUUCAGGCUGUUCCCAUUACAUUCCUCUUUUCCAGAUGUUCCUGUUUCAACAACCCUCCCCAAUGGCAGAUCAAGUAGCUGUUUAGAGAAGGACUUGGACCUGUUUGCCUCCAUGACCUCUGAGAGGAAGGUGAGAAAAGUAGAAUACCCAACAACCCAAGUUUUGAAAGGAGGAGGAAGAUUCAUGUUGAUGGGCUGGUGUACCCUUGCAGCCAGCUUCCAAAUGCUUGUAUAUUGUUGCGUCUCACUGUUGUUAAAUCAAAUUGACUAGCAAAGAAAGCUUGGCUGACAUGUCUGCUUUCAGUGUUUGAUUGCAACAUCUGCGGCGAAUUGCUAAUACAGUGGAACCCUUUUUGUCGAACACUUCGGAAGCCGAAUGCUGACAACCCGGAAGUGAAUGCUGCUGUUUUCAAACGCGCCUCAAAAGUCGAAAGGCUUCUGAGGCGCGUUUCUCUAUUUUUAAAAGGAAUUUGCCAACCAGCAAUUGCGCCUUGGUUGUUGAACGUUUCGGAAGUCAAACGGUAUUCCGGAACGGAUUACGUUCUACAACCGAGGUUCCACUGUAACUAGAUUCUGGUUACACAUUACUUAACAGGUAACCCUGUGCAAGUCAGGCUGUUCCUCUUGAGAAUUCUGAAGAUCCUCUCAGGCAGGCAGAAAAGCUAAAGGCUGACUGUGGAGCUGCUGACCAUCUUUCUCUCCAUUGUCUAUCUGCUCUUAUUUGUCCCUGAUGGAUUAUCUGGCUGAGAUUUCAAAGAGCAGCAAAUCCACUUUUCUUUUGUCCUCCGCUUUUCAUCUGUUGCAUGGGAAUGGCAAUAUUGUCCUACCAUGCAGAGCUGCUGUGUAAGGACUGUAAAUUAGUUUGUUGUGCAUUACCUUGAGGGCCUCUUUGAUCACAGAGAAUGAGGUACAGUAUCUCAAAUAUUUUUGUGAAAUGCUUUUGAAUGUUUAGGAAGAAUGCUGUAUCCCUUGUUUUCUCCCUCCCUCCGCCAUUGGGAAUAAACAUGGUACAUUCUCUUGCCAGGUUGUUGGCUCUAUGCCCACAGCUGGGAGUGCUGGUUCUGUUCCUGAAAACCUAAACCUUUUCCCAGAGCCUGGAAGCAAGUCAGAAGAGAUGGGAAAGAAGCAGCUCUCAAAGGAUUCUAUCCUCUCCUUAUAUGGCUCCCAGACCCCACAAAUGCCUGCACAAGGUACCCAGUGAGGGAUGGGAAGGAUAGGGGAAAGAUCCUGUGGCCAUUUAUCGCUAAUGCUAUAUUUGGGGAAGGCGAAUGAAUGUAACUAGUAGAGAAUAAUUUUGUAAGUGGUUAACUCAUUUGCUGGGUUUGAAGCAUAAAGUUGCAUUGUUUGGUGCAGCUUCUAAAUUUAGGAAAGGUUUUGUUCAAGUUAGUAGACUGCAUGGAGAUGUUCUAAUGGUAAAGCUAGGAAGGCUUGUUGAAUAUGCAAUUGGUUUUCUUGAAGAGUUUAUGUCAAUGUUUUAUGUUGGUUUUUUAUGGUGCUGGGGCUAUGACAGGCAAGUAAAGUGCUUCUCCUAGAUGCUGUGGGUGAUAUCUAAUGUUCAUCAUGCUCCGAAUAAGUCCACUGAAAUCACUGGAGUUAGGCAAUUUAAUAGUAGAAAUUGAUGGACUUGUUGUUUGAUUUAUUGACCAUCCAGUACAAAGCAGCUCUAGGUGGGGGGGGGGAAUCUACAUGAAGUUUAGCAAUAAAGCAGUGCCCUCUCUCUCCUAUGCCCCAUCCCAAACAGCAUUAAGCAUGGUUAUCGUAAUCCUACGAAAGCAUGGGAGAAGAGAUAUUUUGUAACUGGGCACCAAAAAGUUAUUAAUUUCGGCACCUAGUCCAAGCAGUCCUUGCUGGGGAGAGCAUUCUACAGCCAUUUGCAGUGGGGGAGGGACAGCAGCUGAAAAGGGUCUACUCUGCAUCGGAUUUAGUUUGAUAUCCUGUAUUUGGAUAGCAGUGGUGUGGCUAGCAUUCUGAUGCAGCCCUCAUCUGACACUGUUAACUGCUUCACCACGCUGCAUGCGAAAGAAGUAGUUGCACUCUCCUCCUCCCACUCCCUGUCUCCAUCAUCACAGACUGUUUUACGUCAUUCACACCCUUUGAGACCACUUUUCUAGGCUGCAGAGGAGGAAUGCGUUACUAGUCUUUCGUCCCAAGGUUAGUUCCUGAUUUGGAUGUGCGUAUGCGUAGAGGUGAUUGUCUCUUCCUCUUGCCCCACCCCCAGUUCCCAACCUUGCUUCUUGAUUACAAUCGGUGUGACUCACACAAAAUGUCAAACUCUGAUGCCCGUAGAAUGGAGUAGCAAAGAAAGGCUGCCUUGUGGGCUCGUCAGGCAUAAAGACAGCAUGUCAGCAGAGAAAUCGAAAUAACCCAGACUCCUCCCAGGACUAACACCUUCAGCACUAACACCUUUUUUUUUUUUAAUCUCAUCUAGGAGCUGUGUUCAUCACCCCAGCCCAAAUGGGUUACCCUGCAGCAUACCCCAGUUUUCCAGGCAUGCCACCCCCCAGCAGCAUGAUGGGUGGCAUGAUGGCACCACCAGUUGGGAUGAUGGCACAGCAGGGAGCAGCUGGCAUGGUGGCACCCAUGGCGAUCCCAGCAGGUUACGUAGGCGGCAUGCAGGGAGCAGUCAUCGGCGUCCCCAAUGGGAUGAUGCCAGCACAGCAGGCCGGGUACGUGGCUGGCAUGGCACCCGUCCCACCCCCCGUGUAUGGGGUGCAACCAGCACAGCAGUUACAGUGGAAUAUUGCCCAGGUAAGAGGGGGCAUUGGGGGCAAGGGUGGCUGCUGCAUAUCUCCUUUGGGCAUGGGGCAAGCUCUCUUGCUUUCCACAAAAACAAGCUGCCUGCUCUUACAAAUAAUGUAGAAUUUAGUUUUUACAUUUCUAGCCUGCUCUUUUUUCAAUGAAUUGGAAAGCCUGAGAAAUGGGUGUGGGGAUACAGAAGAUCAAGGAUGAGUGAGGGGAAGCCUGAAAUGAUGCAGUGAUUUUUAGUCAGUAGAGUUACUGUACUUUUCUGUGUAUAAGACUAUUUUUUUUAUUCCAAAAUCAUGUUCAAAAUUAGGGGUCGUCUUUUACAUGGGUAGUGGAUUGUGGGGCCGUGGGAUAGGUUGUUGCCACGAGUUGGAGAUUGUGAUUGGUGGCUGCAAGGGCUGUUGUUGAUUGGCUGUCGCUGCGGCAAAUGGCCGGUCAAUUUGCUGCUUUUUUGGCAAUGGGACAGAGAAUAGGUUGCUUUGGUGACGCACGCACACGGCAUUGUUGGUCUGCUGUGUGAGUGUUUUUUGGCAUUUGCCCCUUAAAAAAGCUCAAUAACUCUUGCACCCCCCCCAAAAAAAGUUCAACAACUGUGGGCAGUCCUCCCCCAAAAAAGAACAAUUCUGUGCAAUCCUCCCCAAAAAAGUACGUACAGAGAAAAGUACGGUAGUUGACAAAUAAAAUUGCCUCUCACUUUAUGUGUAUUUUAUAGGUAGUUCUCUGUGUAACAGUUCUCAAAGUUUCUUAAAUGAAAUGCUUGAAACAAAUGUAAUUGAUGGAGGCUGGGAAUUAAACAGGGUGAGGUGGGUGAGUUUUUCUGGCUCUUGUGUUCUACUUGUAAGAGGGAAUGAAAGGAGAUACUAAAAUAGGGUCUCUCAUAUAGGUGCCUUUCGGGAUUGAGAGAUACAGUGGUACCUCGGGUUAAGUACUUAAUUCGUUGCGUAGGUCCGUUCUUAACCUGAAACUGUUCUUAAGCUGAAGCAUCACUUUAGCUAAUGGGGCCUCCUGCUGCCACCGAACAAUCAUGACCUCUCUGUAAAGGAUAAGAAAUUGUGGAAGCUCAUUAAGUCUGUUCUGAGAACCACCAUGGUCACUAGCAACUGGUUAUUGGACCUAGAUGCUAGCAAGUCCAGAAAAAUGAGAGCAGCAAAGGUGUCGUAGCCAGCUGAAAUCUGUUUACAGAGCAGGAAAUUUAAGAGGUGUGUGUAGGACAGGGAUGAGCAUCCUCUGCAGCACUCCUGACUGGCCUUCUCCAACCUGGUACUCUCCAGAUGAUCUGGACUGAAACUCCCAUUAGCCCCAGCCAACAUGGCUUAAGCAUCAGGGGUGAUGGGAGUUCUCAGCCAAAACAUUUGGAAGGUACCAGGUUGAUGAAGGCUACUUUAGAAGUUGCUGGGCUCCAACUCCCAUCAUCCUGGUUAUCGGCCACGCUGGCCACUGCUGAUGGGAGCUGUAGUCAAAUAGCAUCUUGAGGCUCACAGGUUCCUCAUCCCUGUUAUUGUAGAAUGGGCCUUCUGACCAAUUUCUUGCCUUGUCUCUCAUUCAGAUGACGCAGCAGAUGGCUGGGAUGAACUUCUAUGGCACAAAUGGAAUGGUGGGAUAUGGACAGUCUAUGGGCAGAGGAGGGGCCCAAGGAACCAAUCAAACCCUCAGUUCCCAGGUGUGGAAAUAAUACACCAGGAUUUUGGACCUUUUGUUUCUUCCUUUACUUCUGUUUUCUUGUUUGAGGGGUUUUUGUUUGUUUGUUUGUUUUCCGCAUUAUUAAAAAGUUGCUCCCUGAGGUUAUUUUAAGGUUUUGCUUUCCAUUCUGGUGAUCUUGGCUGGACCUUCCCUGUACUAAGGGAAAUCUUCUCUGCUGCUUUCCAACUCCACAUCCAUGGAACUGAUGAUGGAACUGGAUAUUUCACUAUCUUGGCUCUUUAAACUACGUGAGCGUGCACAUAAGGUGGGAGGUGACCUGUAUUUCAGAAAUCAAGCCCCUUCUCUGAGGUUUACGAUCUCUUCUCCCCCCUCCCCCAUACCAAAAAAAAAAGUUAUCUUGCCUUCAUCCUUUUGCCUUUUUUCUACUGAACAUUCCAUUUCCACACACACUAUGGGGUUUUCCAGAACUAGUUCCACCUUUCAUGAGCUUGAAAUUUAUUACCCUGGAACUGGUAGAAUUCCCAUGAGGCCCCUGAGCACAAAUCUUUUUUUCUGGAACUGUGAACAAGGUGGGGUGAAAUUGGCGCCAUUUUGAAACAACUGUUUCUUCUUUCUAACCACCAGUGGUGGCGACCUAUUUAAACAACCUCUCCUCUCCCCACCUGCCCACCAAUAUUUUCUUUCUUUGAUCAAUUAGGUCAUUAAAAUGUAAAAGGGCCAAGACUCUGGCAAGUUUUCUCCUUGCACUUUUUUUGCACUUUUUUGUUUUCCUGUGUAACACACUUGCCAGCCUGAAAGUUUUAGUGGUGGAAUACAAACUAUGGGACUGGGGUGGUCCGACUCUCCUCAGCAACUACACAGAGGAAGAAUAUCCAAUCUGUGGUUUUGAAAGAAAGCAUAAAUGAAAGCUAGGCAUCUUCUGUCUACUUUACCUUGUGUAUAUGUAAAUUCCUUAAUAAAAAUAUUGCAGUGAAACCUUGUUUCUCUCUUAUCU